GGUGGAACAAGAGGAGUAUGCAUGGCAGCGAUGGCGACCGCAUUUCCCCCAGCAGCAGUGAAAGGCCGGGACACCAUAAGGGAGCUGUUCAGCAAACUAGUCGUUCGGAUCGUUGAUGUGGAGACCAAAUCAGAGAACUUCAAGAUUGCUAUGAACUACUGUCUGGGAAAUGUGCGUCAUCACAAUUUUCUCGAUGCCAAUCCCCCAAACAUUGAGAAGUUGUAUCAAGCUUUGCAGCACAGGUUGGAGAUAAACAGCCAGCUGGCAAGGGCUGCCAAGAUCAAAGCACUGGUGAAGAGGUUCCUCGAUUUGCAGAUUCGUUGCAUCUAUCCAGAUAUCAAUCAUAGCAUCUUGUCAUUGCUCUACUGUCUUUCGGAAUCGCCCAUCAAUGUGGCAAAUUCAGAAGACCAGGAGUGUCCUCUUUGGAAGCAGCACCAGGAGGAGGAGGAGGAGGGUGGUGGUCAAGUUGCAGAAGAAGGUGGCAGCGAUGGCGAAGAGGAGGAAGAGGACAGCGAUGAUGAUUACAGCCAGUGGCGUUCUUCUUCUUCUUCUUCUUCUGCUGCUGCUUCUUCUUCUGCUUCUUCUGCUUCUUCUUCUUCUUCUUCUUCGACUUAUACCGAUUCUGCCACGGACAGUGAUUCCGGCGCUGCUGAGAUGGACAACACCAACGUUGAGGAAGAAGGCCUGCUUACUUCCACCACCAAGGAUUGUGGAAACAGGUUAGACAUGCAGAAGCACAGCGGUACAACAGUUGUUGUUUCCACACAGCUGCAGGCCUUUGAUUGGAAAAAUCUUAAUGACUCUUUCUUCGACAGCAAUUGCUGGUUCUUUGAUGAGGCCGUAGAUGACGAGCAGACUUGUUCUGAAUUGGACUAUUACUACUGCAGCGGCGGAGAUGAUGAUGAUGAUGAUGAUGAUGAUGAUGAUGAUGAUGAUGAUGAAUUGGAGGAUGGUACCUUGUACUCCAUGAUCAUUGCGCAAAGGACAGAGGGACUGCCAUUUGCAGUCCCUCAUUCUUCCUUAAGGACGACGGAAGCAGCCCUUGUGCGCCAUGUGCUACACAUGAUGCAAGGCUUGCCAGGGGAUGUAUUCUUAUGGGACCACCAAAGGUACCAAUUUUACUCAAAGACUGGGCUGCAUGUUUCCCAUCUUUCCCCCUCCAGCUUGCACCACCUGUUGGCAGGAUUCAAGGAGGCGGCUGGCAAUCUUAGACGAGUCGACAUGUUCUUGAAAAGAGUAGGGAACUCUACUGUUCACAACCUUGCUUCUGAGCCGUCAGCCUGUGGUCCCACCCUAGAGGCAUUUGCAAACACUGUGCAAGGGCAGGUACAGGCAUUGCGAGGUGUGGUUUCAGAAUUGGAGAUGAGGGCAGCCAGGGGGGGGGCAGGAAUAACAGUGACGCUUCUGUCUCUGUCUAACUCGUUAUCAUGGGUAUGCGCGAGGGCGGCGAUCUUGGACAGGGUGGUAAGUGCAGCUGCACCACCCAGGUGGUUGAAGGAGGACACAGCAGGCCUGCUACCUUCGCCGCAGCAGAGGCAGGAAGACAUGGGGGGCAUAAAUGCUGCAGAGGCGUCUCACAUCCUCACUUCGCUGUAUGACGAAAUGGAACGCGUCAGCCUCCUUCCUGAUGGGGAGGAGAUGGCGUUCAGGGCAGUCCUUACCCUGUUUGUGGGGUCCAUCAGACCUAUGUUGGAUGCCCUGGAUGUGUGGCUGCGAGAAGGAGCCCUCACGGACCCUGCUGGAGAGUUCUUCAUCGCUGCAAACAGUGCAAUCCGGGUCGAGGAUUCCGCAUUCUGGCUCCAUGGCCUCCUUUUGAGGGGUCCCCAAUUGUUGCCAUCUACUGCCUCAGGGGGGCCUUCAUCAUCUUCAUCCCCACCUUACAGCUUGAGACACUCCAAAUCCCUAGCUACGACCCAUGGUGCAAGAGGAUUAGGAACGCAGAUUCCACCACGAGUCCCAGUCCCAGUCCCAGUCCCAGCACCCUCCAAAUUGGCGACAACACCAACAUCCGUAACCACCCUUGCUUUUUCGGAUUGCGAUUCGAACUCAGGCGGCGGAAUGUGGAUGGCACCUUUGUUCACGUCAUCAGGUUGUGCGGCUCAGGUGACAAGUGCUGAUCAGGGCCACAACUUAAAUGAUGGUCAGAUUAUGGUGACUCUUGGGCGUGGGAAUAGUAAUCAGCGAUCGCAACCUGUGGCGGCGGCACACCCAACAGUAGCAGCUGAGAAAAUGGGCAGCAGCUCCAUGCAUACCCAUACAUCAAGAAGAUCUUUCAGUCAGUCGCAGUCAGGAAAACCCUCCAGCGUGGGAUCGGGAUCGGGAUUGGGAUCGGGGGGAUUGGCACGACAUAGUGGUGGUGGUGUUGGUGGUGUUGGUGGGGAGAUAAGUUGUCCGUCGUUCUUGAGGCAAACUGCAAAUGCUAUCCUUUCCACUGGCAAAUCCCUGCAACUCUUACACUACGUCAAGCAUGCCAAGCUGCAGCACUCCCGAGGGGAUGACGGAAGACAUUCCACGCCGUCAGGCUCCCUAGCAGCAUUGCAAAGCAAGUCCUUGUUGUCUAAUAAUGUAUUGUCUCCUACUGAGCUACCAGUAUCGUCAUCUCCACGAAAGGGGAUAAGGCAAGUCGGAGGAGGGGGGCGGUGGUGGUCGUCUUCGACACUCGCUCCUGUAGCUGGAGUUGGAGUUUCGUCAAGUGCUGCGCCAGGAGCACGUGGCAGCUCUUCAUAUCCUCUCUCGCCGCUGAGGCUGGAUGGCGAAGGGGAGAAGAAGGGGUUCAGGUGUGCAAGAAGAACAGAGGGUGAUGACAUCUCAUCAGACGGAAAAGGUGUGAAAGGAAGGAAUGCGGGCAACUUCGAGGAUGCGAAAGUACUUGACAGUUCUGAUUCCCACGAUCCCCCACUCUAUGAGAAGUUCUGCAGAUCGUUGAUUGACUUCAUCCAUGUCGCGAUGAAUGAAUCCACACAUGCUUCAGGAGAAGAGUCUGAAAGACAAACCACUGAUACAAAUGGCGUUUCUGACAAGAAAAAGAACAUGGUCCGGCCAGACAAGCAGAAGCCUGUUUCAUCAUAUUGCAGGCUUCCAGAAGAGCAACUCGCCAUCAUGGAGGGGGAUGCACAGGAGGGAAGGCUAGCUGAUGAAGACUCUGGUUUCUACAAGGAUGCUUGCUUUUUUUCAGGAGAGCACUUCACAACAACAACAACAACAACAACAACAACAACAACAGCAAAGACUGCAAAAAGCUGGACGGCUUCGCUAAUCGAAGCUAGCCAAGAAGCUGAGAUGAAGGGACAAGGUUUGUCAGGAGAAGGUGGGAACGUGCACCCCGUCCUAGAGCUGUUUAAAAAUAGCACCAACAACUUAAUAGAUGGGCAAGCAAUGCACAGCGACGCUCAACUGCAAGCAAAUGCACACGAGGGGUCAAAACUACGGGGUGGAGUGACCGAGAGCAGAGUAUCUGGGAGAAAGAGCAAGUCCCGGCCUUCGGAAGAAGUGCGGGAAGCAGAGAAACUUCCUGCCAUCGACGAUCGGGAGCUGAGAAUGAUGAUUUUUGGAGAGGAGGGAGACAAGGAGAACAGUGAAAAGCAACAGAACUAUGACAGUUGCCACAGCAUGGACUUUGAACGUGGAUGUGGAGGGGCAAGCAUUGUUAUGGAGCGAGUGCAUCACAAUUUCUCUCAGCUCAAAGAUGUACUUGAGCACCCCACCCACCUCCCUCCCUUUCAGGCAGUUGAUCGGGGGCAGAUUUUCAACCAAAAGGCGUGUGUUCUCGCGAGCUCCGUUCUGGAUUGGUUGCAGACCGUUCCGCUGCAUGGUGCUCCUCCUCCAGCAGUCGUCAUUCAAACUUGUUUGCUUUCGCACGUUAAGCGACAGGUUACCUAUGUCGGCCGCCAGCUUCUGCAACAUCUAAUGGGCGAAUGGAGGCUCCUGGAAGAGCUGGCCACCUUACGCGCCAUCUAUUUGAUGGGAUCGGGAGACGUCCUCCAUCAGUUCACAUCUAAGCUCUUCAAUAGACUGGAUAAGGGCAAAUCCUGGCCAGACUUCUAUGACCUUAACAUGAGCCUUCAGGAGUCGAUUCGGUCGUCGGCGGAUGUUGCCCUGAUACCUGCGUUGGACACAUUGGUUGCGGUUAUUGAAGAGAAGAAAGGGGAGGGAUCGAAUCAACACCACCAUCAUGGUCAUCAGGGGACCACAGCGCGAGCUGGUGGAUAUAGAAUCCCUGUCAGCAUCAACUCCUUGAGCUCGCUGAGGUUUCAAUACAAGGUUGCUUGGCCGCUUGAAUUCAUCGUUAACGAGGCCGCGAUCGCAAAGUAUAACGAGGUGAUGUCCUUCCUGCUGAAGGUCAAGAGGGCGAAGCAUGCACUUGACAAGGCUUGUCGAUGGGCCUGGAAGGUAGGCGGGGUAGGAGGGGCAGGAGCAGAUGCUGUUCAUAUCAAGAGACUGCUUAUUCAACAAAAGCUAAUGCAUUUCGUCAACACUCUGCAUCAAUAUGUCAUGGACAGGGUGCUGCACGGCGCGUGGGUGGAGCUCUGCGAUAAGAUGCCCCAUGCACACUCGCUCGAUGAGGUGAUCGCUUUUCAUGAAGAGUACUUGGAAUCGAUCCAGAGGCAAUGCCUUGUUGGGUCCGACAAAUUGGCCAACGUGAUAUCUACCAGAAUCAAUAAAAUUUUGGGCUUAGCCUUGGAGUUCUAUUGUCUUCAGCGGGGCCUGCUUGAGGGGAAAAGCACCACGGAAGAAUCGGCUGCGCAGUUUCAUUGCAAGGACGAGAUGGACGCUAUCGAACGCCAAUUCCAUGAGUGCAUUCUGUUUCUCCUCAGGGUCUUGACAAGCAAGGUGAAUGUCGGACAGUAUGGCCAUUUUGCUGAUCUGGUCACUAGAAUAAACUUCAACUACUUCUAUAUGAGCGAGGAUGGUCGUGUACUAACACCCAUCCCUGAAAUCUUUCAGAUGGGGCGCAGGGGCGUGCCUGCCCGUUGAUAUCCUCCAUCUCUCUCUCUCUCUCUCUCUCUCUCUCUCNCUCUCUCUCUCUCUCUCUCUCUCUCUCUCUCUCUCUCUCUCUCUCUCUCUCUCUCUCGUGAAUUUGGGGGUUGCCUGUGGAUUUGUCCACCUCUGUGCUUCCUGAAGAGCUCAGCCCUGUGCCUGUGGAAGAACCCACCAUUAUUGACAGAAUUUGGGGUGGGGGCAGGAGGCCAGGACUUCACUGUUUUUCUCUUCUAAAAGAAGCUGACACCGAGCGGAUUGCGUUGGGGAUUGUCAGCAUGAGCGGGAUGGUAAUGCUUGUUGAUGUUUUGGAUUAUGCUCAAGUGCAGCGGUUUGUUCUCGCUUCUCGGUAUUUUUGGGACUUUGGAUAAUGUGUAUACCUGUGUGGAAGAACCCCCUAGUUGCCAGAAUGUGGGGUGGACAGGAGCCAGGACUUCAGUGUUUUUUUUUUUCUCUUCUUCUGAGUUCUAAGGCAAGGAAUGGUUACAGAACUUACUGCUGUUUCAACAGCAACCUCCUGAACAGAGCUCUGUGAAAUGACCCGCACCGUUUCAGUCUGAGGUUUCUGCGGUUUCCUGCGAAAGUUCUUGUGAAAGUUUCCGCGAACCUUCAAAAGUUCCUGCGAAAGUUCCUGCCUGCGAAAGUUUCUGCCGUUGAUCUGUAUGCUGAGGUUUCCGAGUUUAACUUUUUAACGUUCAAUUCUGUUUUGCGG